GGUUUUCAGAGGAAGGAAAGAAGCCAGCUUUCCUGGAAGCGCAAACCCUUGGUACGGUGCGCUGUUUUAGUUAAAUGGACACUCUAUAUUUCAUAGAUUAGUUGUGAAGGUGUCCUAAAAGCCUUACAGAUAGAACAGCAACGGUCUGAAGUGGACUUAAUGUAAAGUCAUGCCUUUGUUGAUCCAGAAUAAAGGUCUUGACCGCAUACGCUCGACAGGAGACCUCUAUGAGAGAUACUCGCAUUUACAGGAAAAUGCAAGACAGUUUCGCUCUAGGCCACUUGUGGAUGUGGACCCAAAAUGUUUCUUAUAUGUUCAGCAAAGAGAGUAUGCGGCAACAACUCCAGCAGAUCAGUAUGUUUCUGUCAUUGGAUCAGAUGAUGCAACCACCUGUCAUUUAGUUGCUCUCCGACACACAGGAAGUGGAGCAGCUUGUGUUGCUCACUUGGAUGGCUCCAAUACUUGGGCAGAGGUCCAACUUAUUAUUAAAGCUGUGAUGUCACUCAGUCACCACUGCAAAGACGGCAGACUAGAGCUUCAUCUGGUUGGGGGAUUCAAUGAUGACUCUAAGACAUCUGAUAAUUUAAGCCUUAACAUUUUGGCUGCAUUUCAUAAACAAAAAGAAAAUGUUCAUCUAGAAACAUGUUGCAUAACUGAAAUGAAUGACACUGUUGUUAAUGGUACUCAUAGACCUGCAGUGUAUGGAAUAGGGCCUGCAGAGGAACUGCGCUCAGCACGAACAUUCACUGGAGGACAGAUGGCAGAAGUAUAUGAUUCAAGCCGGGGAUUAGUCAAAAUUGGCCCUUGCGAGUGGUCUCCGAAUUUGGAAAUUGGUUUCUGGUUAGCACAAAAUGAUGCCACCAUUUUAAAGUACCUCUCAACAUCUCCGAAGGCUGAACCACCUCACUUUGUCCAGCACAUAAAGUCAACCAUCCAGUUCAUUUUAGAUCACCCAAAUUCAGAGAGCCUCUUUCCAUCAGGACAACCGCAGGUCUAUCACAGGACAGAACAAGGAGAAUGGGAAAGGACAGUCCCGACAUAGACGUACAGUAUUUUGUUUCAUCAAAAACCUUAACACAAAACCUCUGUUGCCUCAGCUCAUGGUGCAUGGGAACUGCAUUGCCUGCUGUAUUUGUUCAAUGUUUCCAAUGUGUCUUAUUUUAGUGAGACUACUACCAAAUAGAGAUGUUGCAUGUUAUUACACAUAGCGGUAACAACGAUGUGCUUUUCAAGUACAAUCUGAUGCCCACUUGUGUCAAGGCCUAUACUUCAUAACCAGUAUGUGUAUUUCAAUGUUUUCUUUUCCACUUUCUGGCUGGCCCAGGGGAGAAACUCCAUUCUGAUAUGUGAGAAUAUGAUCAUGUAUGUAAAUAAAUGUUCUUGGCCAAGAAUGACUUAAGUGCUUAAAAAAAAAAAAAAAAGAUUAACAAAUAAUGACUCUUUGAAUCUUGAGUGUACUACUUGCAAAGAAAGGCACAUUGGUGCCUUCCACUGAUAUGGCAUCCUGGCACUGUUUGCAAUAACAUUAACCUUUUGCUUUAGUUUUACAGAUUUAAAAAUUGCAAAAUCCAAUCAAGAGUGAGACAGUGUGUUUUUUGGGCCACUGGACACCUACCCAGGUUUACCAAAAAUCAGUAAAACGUUAAUCAAGUCUGCCUGUAUGAAAAUAGUGUAUUAGUUGCUAUGUGGCCUUUAGUUUAGGUCAUUUGUUAAAUAUACUUUUUUCAGUUGACUGAACAUUGAAGUUUAAUAUUUGCUGCUCUGGUGGUUUUCAGAUUCUUGAAUGUGAUAAUGGAUGAGGGUUUAACACUAGUAAGUUUUCCCUAUGGUAUGAUAUUGUGCCAUGAAAUUUCCAAAAUGUGAAAUGACAAAUGUUGAAACUGGUGAUUUAAAUUAUUGACUAGACUUACUGCUGUAUUACAACAACAAAAAUUAACUAUAAUAAGUUUAGCUAUCUUGAUUUUGGUGCUUAGGAUGUCAAGUGUAUUUUAUGAUGUUUUGAUUUUUUAUAUACUGAAGGCUUAUG